CCGGAAGUGUGUCUUAAUAAUUAGCGACGUUCAGGGUGGGCAGACGUGGUCUAACCGUUAAACGAGUUUAGUUAGUUUUCGUUUGGGUUUUACAGGGGCCUUUGUGAAUAGCUCAGUCUUGUAUUUAAGCAGUCUGACAAAAGUUUUAGUGAGCUUUAAAACGAGUUUUUACAUUUGUUUUGAAGCUUGACACCCUGAAGGCUACUUGUCGACCAACAGUAGUUCCCCACCAUUGACUUCUGAAAUUAUGCUUCUUAGUGCAGAGCUGUAGAUGCCCACAAUGAGACUACAAACCCUGUCACUGAGAGUGCUGCUAUUCCUGGGGCUUUGGCAGACAGGAAGGAGAAGUCUCGCCUCAGCCCCAGAGCUGCAGGAACAGCCUAAGAAGAUAGCUGUGGUUGGAGCAGGAAUUGGCGGCGCAGCGACAGCAUAUUACCUGAGGCAAGAGUUUGGACCUGGGGUCAAGAUCGACGUGUUCGAAGAUGGCAGUGUUGGCGGGCGACUUGCGACGGUGAAGAUCGGAGAUUAUGAAUACGAGACGGGAGGCUCAGUGAUCCAUCCUCUGAACCUACAUAUGAAGCACUUUGUUGAUAAAUUGGGUAUUCCUCAGAGAAAAGACGUCCCCUCUAAAAUGGCGAUCUUUGAUGGAAAGCACAUCGUGUUCGAAGAGAGCGACUGGUUCAUAGUAAAUUUCUUCCGCAUGCUCUGGCGAUACGGGUUGAACUUUCUUCGAAUGCAGAUGUGGGUGGAGAGUGUUCUGGAUAAAUUUAUGAGAAUCUACCAGUACCAGCAGUAUGGCUACUCAUUCUCCACCGUAGAGAGGCUGUUGCAUGCCAUGGGAGGUGAUAGUUUCCUCACUCUGAUGAAUCAGACCCUGGAGGAAGCCAUGAUGGGAGAAGGAUUUACUCAGGUCUUCAUCAAUGACAUUGUUGCACCGAUCACUCGUGUCAACUAUGGGCAGAGUGUCCGCAUCAAUGGCUUUGUGGGGGCGGUGUCAUUAGCAGGGGCAGAUUCAGGCCUGUGGGCAGUGGAUGGAGGCAAUAAGAAAGUUUGCUCAGGACUUCUUUACAACAGCAAAAGUGAGCUCAUCCCUGCUAAAGUCACCUCCAUUUCAGUGAAAGUUCGACCGUCUAAGAGAGGCACCCCUGUCAGUUUAUACGAGAUUAACUAUGUUGACCAAUCAGGAGCUGCACAUUCCCUUUAUGAUAUCGUGAUAGUAGCAACGCCUCUUCACCAAGGGAAAUCUGACAUCACAUUUUCAGGCUUUUCCCCUCCAAUCCCUUCUCACUACCCCGGGCGCUACCACCAGACGGUCGCCACUCUUGUCCACGGCUUGCUCAACAUGUCUUACCUGGGGACCACAGAAGCUGCCUCAGAGUUCACCGUGUCUGAUGUCCUCACCACAGACUCAAACGGUUCCAUCAUCAACAGCCUGAGCUCUCUGGAUCCUGUGCACAUCCCCAAAGGUUACAAGCGCCCCCCUGCUAGCCAAGCUAAUGUCUGGAAGGUGUUCUCCAAAAAGCCGCUGUCCCAGGAGCAGCUGGAGAACAUGUUCCUCUCCUAUGAUUCGGUGUCUGAGACCAAAUGGCUGGCAUACCCCGCGUACCAUCCGCCGCACCGCCAGACCCCUCCUUUCAUCCUGCACCACCGGCUGUACUACCUCAACGCUGUGGAGUGGGCAGCGAGUGCCAUGGAGAUGAGCGCCAUCGCUGCCAGGAACGUGGCCCUGCUGGCACACCACCGCUGGCACGAAGAAACCGGCAAGAUCGAUCAGGAAGACCUGCACACGCGCCUGAGAGGAGAGCUCUGAAAAGUGAGAACUACUUGAGAGUAGAAUCAGAAGCAAUAAAAUAAGAUCAGUCGAGCCCAUUUUUAUAUGUUAGAUAACAUAGUCACCAGAGGAAAUGCUGAUCUGUGGGAGCAUGGUGACACUAGAGCCGCAACUUUAGUUGAUCAGUGGUUUCAGCUUUUCUAGUUUGGUAAAUAUUUGUCUUACAUUAUUGAAAAAUUUUAUACCUGUGUGUGGACAAAUGGAGCAUUUGAUUAUGCCAGUCUUUUUUAAAUUUAAUGUUUAUAUUUUGGCUAUAUUUAAUACAUGGAUCCCCAAAAAAAGAUUCUGACACUCUAAAGUUUGGCACUGCAGUUGCUCCGAUCCCCAGCCAUACACCAAUGGAUAAACAGUGGACAAGAUAGAUGAAGCACACAUGCAUACAGAGAGUCCUUCAUUUAUAGCGAGAUACCAGUAGCAAUUAAUUAAUAUUGGCAAUGGCAAUUUCAUUUAUAAAGGACAUUUCAUUACACAAUUCGAUGCGUUUAAGAUAAAAAAUAAAAAGAAGUGCAAGUGUAGAGUGCCUUAAGGCAAAACCCCCCCCAACAAAACAAACUUUACAAAGAAAUAAAAUACAAGUUGACACACAGUCAUUAAGUGUAAGUCUGUGAGACUAAAAAGGUUUUGAGUUUUUGAGUGUAGACACAGUUGUAGUUGACCUCAGGUCAGCAGGCAGCUGUGAAUGCUUGCUGAGGUUGGAAGCACCCCCAGCACUCUUGAAUCUAAUUCUGGGGGCAGUUAAAAAUCCACCCCUGGUGACCUGAGAGGUCUGACUUAUACACACUGAAGAAGUCAGACACAUACUGGGAGACCAAACCACUGAGAGCAUUAUGAUCUAUUGAAGGAACAAAGUUACUUCAGUACUGGGCUAAUAUGUUUUAAUUUCCACAUGCAUUUAAGGACACUGGCGGUUCCAGACUCUAGAAAGUAACAUUUUCCUGCUUAUGAUUUGGAUGAUCCUGCAAAUGUGGCAUUACAGUAGUCUAACAUGCUUGUUAUGAAUGCACAGACCAAUUUCUUAAGUAAUUUUGAAAUAAUUUUCUAAAAUAUUGAAUAUAAUCUUUAGUUGCAGGUAACAUUGUCUAACAAAAUCUGACAACAAACAUGGAGUUAAUCAAGCCAGCAGUUUACCCACAUCACAAUUCUAUCAUUAUUUUAAUCACUUAUUGCACAUGGAUGAUGUAACUACUUCAGAUAAUUGUAGGUUGGUCUGGUAUAACAAAGAUGUUUCGUUUACAGGCGGUCAUAGAGUUCUCAUUUGGUUUUCAAAUUGGUUUACAGAAAAGGAAGAAAGGUGGCUCUGUGGGGCAGGUAGAAGGACAAAAAGCAAAAUCUAGGGGUUUGCCACUUUAGUUCAGUGGGUGAGCAGGCAACCACAGGCUGGUAACAACAUGCAACAUGGCUGUUCGAGUUUGACCCGUGGCCCUUGAAAUGCAAAAUCCAGGAAACUAUAUGGUGCUAGCAUAGCCACAGAAAACAAGUGAAGCACUCUGUCGUUAGGUAAUGUGAAUAAAUUCAUGGUCUUAAUCACUUAUAUCCAGUUCAGGGAUGCAGGGAGCCAGCUUACAUACAAACCUAAGACCAAUUUAGAAUUGCCACUUAACCUAACGUACAACACACUAUUGCACGGAAGUAAGUGUAAGCUACUAUACUACUACCUGCAGUGUGAUCUCUAACCCACAGAGGGCGCUAAAACUGCACACACUCCACACAUGCUAAAAUUACUAAAAGGAAAAUACUCAAAGAAAAGAAAAGCAGGACAAAAUUAUAGAAAAUAACUUCCAUAAACAAAAUAUGAAAUAAAAAUCUCUAAAUUGUUUAAUUUUUCUUUUAAAAAUGCUUCUUCAGAUGCUUUCUGGCUGUUUUGACUACUUUUCUUUCUUUUUUUUUUUUAAUGCGAUGCUUUCCCAGAUCACAGAAGUUAACUUGGGCAGUACACUGUUCUCAUCAGUGAUGCGGGGGGUGGGGAAGGGAAAGGGAGAAAGAUCAACUGCAUCACAAGCUACAGGCAUCACCAGCAACGCAACACAAAUCACAUUAAAUGUUGAAACAAAACUGCACUGUGCUGAAUUGUGCAAUCGCUGUGAAACAUGCUGCACUGCAGGCCAGACACACAAGUGUUUCUCUGUCAUUUUCUUUAGUGUGUUGCUCCUGUUCUGUGUAAUGUACAGAGAAAUAAGUCAGCUUGUCAUUUCCCUUUAGCCAAAUUCUUGCAUGUGGUGUUUACUAAUAUGCUGAUGUCCCUUUGCUGAUCUGUUUGUAUGUCCUCAGAUAGAUUUCCAGUCUUUCUACCUCCUCAGCAGACUACUGUAUGUUUUUUAGUGGGUACUAGCAGCUGUCAGCAGCAAAUGUGCCACCAAGACACUUUCUUUGUAGUAAAUCACACUGAUGUCUGUUGUGACUCAUUGUUAGUCCCACAGUGACUACAGUUGAACAGUCUAAACCCAUUACACACUAGAAAACGUGUGUAAGAAUUAAUCUAAACUAUGAUUGUGCCUUAAGCAGGGUAAUUGGCAUAUGUGUUUAUUAAAUUUUAGUUGCAGUUUAAGAGAUGAUUUGGUUCUUCCUGUGUGUUUUUAAUGAUUCUGUACCUGUGAUUUGUAAGAUGUCAUGUUGUUUAGAAAUACUGUAUCUGCCUACGGCGCUUUCAUGUUCUUUAACUACUUUGGGACAAGAAAAUGUAGUUUGCUAAUUUGUUUCCUAAGAACCUUUUAGAGGCGUUUUCUAAAUUUGUUUUGAAAAUAGUUGAAAUAUUAUUAGUAUUAUGCACUCUAACUGAUUAAAAUAAUUUUAUACUUUCAUUUCAACAGUGCUGAAAACUCUCAAACUGAAACUGUAUUUCUCUAAAGUGUUUCUAAUGACGGUAAAGUGAUCAGUGCGACUGGUACUGUUUUUGUGUGUGUGUUUGCUCUAAAGCCUUCAGCUUCAAAAUAAAAGUCUAAUUAAAUUA